AUGGAGAGCCCGUACGAAUCCGCCCAGCUUCUCAGGCAACACAGCUCACCCCCAUCCCAACACAUCCAGAUGCAAUCCCUCAGCAGCCUCAACAGCGUCAAGAUGGACAAUCCAAAUGACCUUCGCCUCCUGACCUUGAACUGCUGGGGUCUGAAGUACAUCUCCACCCUCCGCGCCGCCCGCCUCGAGGCGAUCGGCCGGCGCAUCCUCUCCCUCCCAAAACCGCCAAACAUCGUCUGUCUGCAAGAGUGCUGGGUCACAGCCGACUUCGAAUCCAUCCGCCACACCCUCGCCCCCAUCCUCCCGCAUGCAAAGUUCUACUACUCGGGUCCCUUUGGCGGCGGCCUCGCCAUCCUCUCGCGAUGGCCCAUCGUCGAGUCCUCCAUGCACCGCUACCCUCUCAACGGGCGUCCCACCGCCUUCUGGCGCGGCGACUGGUAUGUCGGCAAGGGCAUCGCAUGCGCCCAGAUCCGCAUCCCCGUCGCCGCCGGCGAAGACGACAUCGCCACCACCAGAGAGCAGACGCUGAGCAUCUUCAACACGCACACCCACUCCCCUUACACCGAGAACCAGCCGGGCGACAGCUACCUCGCCCACCGCCUCGCCCAGGCCUGGGAGAUGUCCAAACUCUGCCGCGGCGCCGCGGAGAAGGGCCAUCUCGUCCUCGCCAUGGGCGACUUCAACAUGCGGCCUCUCAGCCUGCCCCACCGCAUCAUCACCGCCCACGCCCCCGUCCGCGACGUCUGGCGCGAGCUGCACCCGGACUCGUCCCUCGGCGCCGUGGAGGACCCACUCGAGAAAGCCCGCGGCCGCCCGGCGCCCACCGCGGACUUCAACCUCCACGAGAACGGCGCAACCUCGGACGGGCCCUUCAACACCUGGCGCUGGCCCAAGCAUCUCCAAAAGAAGCUCGGCGAGGGGAAACAGCCCGUCGUCAUGCCCCCAGACACGAUUGAUCUCAAAGGCAAGCGAUUGGAUUACAUCUUCUUCGGCGCGCCCACGGAUCCAAACGGCGGGGAGUGGGUCAUCAAGGAGGCGGAAGUCGGCAUGGUAGAGCCUCAUCCCACCCUGGGCUGUUCUCUGAGCGACCACUUCUCCGUCGAGGCGACACUGUCAUAUCACCCUACCAGGAUCCGCAGAGAUCCCAGGCUGUCCGCUAGGCUGUCCAUCCAGCUUGAACCCUACCUCCUGCAGAGCCUGUCCCUUUCCGAUGCUGAGUACGACAGUAUUCUGUCGACGGUGCGUGAGUACGUAACACGUGAGGAGAAGCAGCGUUUCAACAGGGGCAUGCACUUCGCUUUCUGGUUCACUGUUCUUUGGGUCUGUCUUAUAGGCGUGUGGUGGAGUAAGCACAACGCUGUGGCCUUCAUUCUGAUGCUCUUUAGCAGCUUCGGUUUGGUUGCGGGUGUUGUUGAUGGCCUCUUGUCGUUGCUAUUCUUCAACACAGAGUUGAGGGCUCUCAAGGAGUUCGAAUGGGAAAUGAAGAAUGCCAAGGGUCAAGCUCUUUGGAAAUCUGGGAGGGCCUCGGGGAUGGAAAAGCCCAUGUGA